GGGGCGGAGACGCCGCGUAGGCCGGGCAGGCCGGGCGCCGGGCUGGGAGCGGGAGCUCCAUGUCCAGCCGUGUCUCCCCACGAUGUGGCCCUCCCGGAGGAAAGCGGCGCAGCUGCCCUGGGAGGACGGCAGGACCAGGUUACUUCCUGCAGGCCUCCGCCGGAAGUGCUCCAUCUUCCACCUCUUCAUUGCCUUUCUCCUAUUGGUCGUCUUCUCCCUGCUCUGGCUACAGCUCAGCUGCUCCGGAGAUAUGGCCCAGGUGACCAGGGGACAAGGGCAGGAGACCUCGGGCCCACCUCGGGCUUGCCCUCCAGAGCCGCCCCCUGAGCACUGGGAAGAAGACGCAUCCUGGGGGCCGCACCGCCUGGCAGUGCUGGUGCCCUUCCGGGAGCGCUUUGAGGAGCUCCUGGUCUUCGUGCCCCACAUGCACCGCUUCUUGAGUAGGAAGAAGAUCCAGCACCACAUCUACGUGCUCAACCAGGUGGACCAUUUCAGGUUCAAUCGGGCAGCACUCAUCAACGUGGGCUUCCUGGAGAGCAGCAACAGCACAGACUACAUUGCCAUGCAUGAUGUGGACCUCCUCCCUCUCAAUGAGGAGCUGGACUAUGGCUUCCCAGAGGCUGGGCCCUUCCACGUGGCCUCCCCAGAGCUCCACCCUCUCUACCACUACAAGACUUAUGUGGGCGGCAUCCUGCUGCUCUCAAGGCAGCACUACCAGCUGUGCAAUGGGAUGUCCAACCGCUUCUGGGGCUGGGGCCGAGAGGAUGACGAAUUCUACCGGCGCAUCAAGGGAGCUGGCCUCCAGCUUUUCCGCCCCUCAGGAAUCACAACUGGGUACCAGACAUUUCGCCACUUGCAUGACCCAGCCUGGCGGAAGAGGGACCAGAAACGCAUUGCAGCUCAGAAACAGGAACAAUUCAGGGUGGACCGGGAGGGAGGCCUGAACACUGUGAAGUACCGGGUGGAUUCCCGCACGGCGCUGUCUGUAGGAGGGGCCCCCUGCACUGUCCUCAAUAUCAUGUUGGACUGUGACAAGGCAGCCACCCCGUGGUGUGUAUUUGGCUGAGUUGGCUAAACAGUAGGGAAGCCUAUGCUUCUGGACCUCGAUGCUGCUCAAGCUCAGGAAACCUCAGGCCUUAGGCCCAGCUCAAGAGGACGCAGAGUGGCCUGAAGGAAUAGACAGGGGCCAGCUCCGUAUCUGCAGCAACCUGGGCCAGCUCCGUAUCUGCAGCAACCUGGGCCAGGCUCAGGACAGGACACUGGGAGUUCCUGGGAUGCUGCUGGAAAAUCUUCAGAGAGAGGCUGGAGGCAUGGCUUUGUACUGGGGUCUCCACCCUGCCUUCUUGCUCACCCUGCUCUUCCUGCCCGCCCACACUGAGGCCCAGGGCAAAGCUCAGCCAUUUGCUCCUUUGGAAUAACAGCCUCAUGCAAAGAUGUAGUUAUAAGCCAAGUGGCCCAUGUGUGUGGCAGUUGCUGUUAGGAGGCUUAGGACUUCAGAAGGCAGCACAUGAGCCCUAGGCAGAGGAGCAGCUAAUAGUGGCUGUAGCUGGUUGUCACCACGGAACUGGGUGGGGUAGAGUGCUUGUGUCACCAGAUCUCACUUUUCAAAAGAAACUAGAAUGCUGGAUUCUUACGGAGAAUUUUCUGAUUGUAAAUGGUAGCAGAUAACUAAAACUUUAAAAAGCUA